AUGAGACUUCUCCUUACCCGCCUCUUCACCUCCACUCACAUUGCCAUGGCCUCGUCUUCCUUCUCUUCCUCUCCGUCUCGGCGGUUGGCCCAUCUCACACGCCAUCUCACCUCCUCUUCUUCCGGCGAGCUCUCCUCAGUGGGCUCCCCUGCCGCCGCCGCCGCAGAUGCCGUCCCCGCGAAAAGCCCACGCUCGGCCGCCUCCAAGGUCCACGCCGCGGUGCUGGUCUGCCUCUUCGAGGACCCAAGCAGCGGGCCACGGGUCCUGCUUACCAAGCGCGCUUCCUCCCUCUCCACCCACUCCGGGGAGGUAUCGUUACCCGGAGGGAAGGUGGAGGAUGGGGACGCAGAUCCGAAGGCCACAGCUCUACGGGAGGCGAAGGAGGAGAUUGGACUGGACCCGGCGCUUGUUAAUGUUGUCACAGUUCUUGAGCCUUUCUUAUCAAAGAAUGGCCUCAAUGUUGUUCCUGUAAUUGGCAUGGUCUCAGAUAAAGCCUUAUUCAAGCCUGUCUUAAAUAAAGCUGAAGUGGAGGACAUCUUUGAUGCACCUCUGGAGAUGUUUCUAAAGGACGACCACCGGAGAACAAAACAAAUGAAUUGGAUGGGCAUAGAUAUUCCCGUCCAGUUUUUCGACUACAAGGCAGACGGCAAAAAGUUUGUGAUUUGGGGCUUCACUGCACACAUCGUCACACGUGCAGCGGCAGUCAUUUUUGGGAGGAAACCAUCAUUUGACGAACUUCCCAGACCCAAAUAUGCAAGUGCAAGUGCACCUGAGUGUAAACCCUGA